AAUAUAAGUAGCGAUCGUCGUUCCCCUCGCCGCCAUCAUGGCUGGACUUGCGGUCCCAGAAUCAUUCCACUACUUGUAUUUCAGGGCCAUUCUUGAGGAUACUGAGAUACAUCUCAUCCAGUCACUAUGUUGGUGUCUUCCUUGACGGUGUUGGCGUUUAUGUCCAGGGCCAAUGCCCUGGUCCGGCAGGACGAUGUGGGCCGCGUGCCUGCCCUGGGCUGGAAUUCGUGGAACGCGUUCAAUUGCGAAAUCGACGCAGAUAAGAUCCUCACGGCCGCCAACGAGGUCAUAGAUUUAGGGUUGAAGGGCCUCGGUUACGAGUACAUCAACAUUGAUGACUGCUGGUCCAUCAAGUCCGGACGCAACACAACCACUAAGCGCAUAAUCCCGGACCCUGAUAAGUUUCCCGAUGGAAUCUCCGGCCUGGUGGAUCAGAUCCAUGCGCUGGGUCUGAAAGUUGGCAUCUAUAGCAGUGCCGGUCUGACCACCUGCGCUGGCUACCCAGCUAGUCUGGGGUAUGAGAAGGUCGACGCGCAAACCUUCGCCGAAUGGGGCAUUGACUACCUCAAGUACGACAACUGCGGUGUCCCUACCAAUCAGACCGACCAAUACACCGCCUGCGUACCCGACAGCACCAACGGUGGUCCCUACCCAAACGGCACCUGCCCGGGACUCGCAAACGCUGCCCCGGCCAGGUACGACUGGUCGAAAUCGACGACGGCGAAGCGCUACCAGGCCAUGCGCGACGCUCUUCUCAGCGUGAACCGGACCAUUCUCUACUCUCUUUGUGACUGGGGUCAAGCCGAUGUGAAUGCCUGGGGAAACGCAACCGGCAACUCGUGGCGCAUGUCGGGCGAUAUUACACCAAACUGGACCCGCAUCGCCGAAAUUGCCAAUGAGAACUCCUUCCUCAUGAACUACGCCAAUUUCUGGGGGCACCCCGACCCGGACAUGCUAGAAGUCGGUAACGGGAAUCUGACGCUGGCUGAGAACCGCGCCCACUUUGCUCUCUGGGCGAUCAUGAAGAGCCCUCUGAUUAUCGGCACUCCUCUGGAUUCAAUUGACGCAGCCCACCUGGCCAUCCUGAGCAACAAGGACCUGCUCGCCUUCAACCAAGAUCCUCUAGUAGGCCGCCCCGCCUACCCCUACAAAUGGGGCUACAACGCCGACUGGACCUUCGACCCGUUGCACCCGGCCGAGUACUGGUCCGGGCCGUCGUCCACGCUCAACGGGACGCUGGUGUUGAUGCUGAAUUCGGAGGAUCGCACCCAGACCCGGACUGCGUACUGGAAGGAGGUGCCCGAGCUGCAGGGGAGACACCGCGGGCGCCGCGGGACGGGGUUCCGGGUGCGGAAUGCCUGGACGGGCAAUGAUCUGGGAUGUGUCCGGGAUAAGUAUAGUGUCAAGCUGGCGCCCCACGAUGCUGCUGUUCUGGUGGUGGGCGAUGCUUGUUAAUCAUUUGUUCUGUUCAACAUUUGGUGGCCGGGCGGUGG